AUUGAGGUGUGUGGGACCCCGCUCAGCCUGGAUGCAGGCAGGGCUAGCAAAGCAUGCGAGCUGCAUGGAAAUGUCGCCUCCAACGGCCUUCGAUUUGCUCCAGACGACAAGCUUCGCGGGGGCUGCGUCACCACUAAUGCAGGGUGUUCACUAAACUUCGAACUUGUGUGGGCUUUGUGUCCGUCCGUACUCGUUCGAGGAGCUGCUGCUUCCCCUCAACCCCUCCUUCCUACUGCGGAAGCAAGCUCGGGGGGCGGCCUCCCCUCUUUUCUUCUUCAUCUCACGAUUCUCGCAAAACAAACGUGGAGGCCCAACGAGGCUUCAAUCGACGUGGCUUUGCCCAACGUGGAAACCGACCUCCCCGUUCCUGUUCUAGGUAGCUGCUAGACCGUUUGUCGAGUAUAAAAUCCCCCCUCCAACUAGCACUGUGAAGGAGAUUUCCACUCUGUCUGUUUUGCUCAGACCCCUCCUCAUCGCUUUGCGCAAUAUCAUUUCAGCAAUAGAACAUACACUCUCCCGAGGUUGCCCAAGAUGGUACACCUUUCGACCAUCCCCGACGAAAACCAGGUCGUCGACGGCAAGCUGGCUGGUGGCAUCAAAAAGGCCCACCUCCAGCUUGUCAAUGACGAUGACAGCUUCACCACUAGCGUCUACGGCUCCCGGUUUGCCGCCAGAGACCUCCCCAAGCACGAGAUGCCCGAGGCCGAGAUGUCUAAAGAUGUGGCCUACCGCUUGAUCAAGGACCAUUUGAGCCUGGACGGCAACCCCAUUCUGAAUUUGGCUUCUUUUGUCACGACUUAUAUGGAGGAAGAAGCGGAAAAGCUCAUGACCGAGGCCUUCUCAAAAAACUUCAUCGACUAUGAAGAGUACCCCCAGUCGGCCGACAUUCAGAACCGAUGCGUCUCCAUGAUCGGAAGACUGUUUCACGCCCCGAUAGGCGUCGAAGACGAUAUCGGCGCUAUUGGCACUUCCUGCGUCGGUAGCAGUGAAGCCAUCAUGUUGGCUGUGCUUGCGAUGAAGAGGCGCUGGAAGAACAAGAGGAUAGAGGAGGGCAAGCCGUACGACAGACCCAACAUUGUCAUGUCGUCGGCCGUUCAGGUGUGCUGGGAGAAGGCGGCGCGCUAUUUCGAGGUGGAGGAGAAGUUGGUGUACUGCACCGAGGAGCGAUAUGUCAUUGACCCCGAGGAGACUGUCAAUCUUGUCGAUGAGAACACUAUUGGCAUCUGCGUGAUUCUCGGGACGACUUAUACCGGCGAGUAUGAGGAUGUCAAGGCUGUCGAUGACUUGUUGACCAAGAAGGGGUUGAACACGCCGAUUCACGUCGAUGCUGCUAGCGGUGGGUUUGUGGCACCAUUUGUCGUGCCAGACCUUGAAUGGGAUUUCAGACUGGAACAUGUCGUUUCCAUCAACGUGUCUGGGCACAAGUAUGGUCUCGUCUACCCUGGUGUUGGUUGGGUUGUGUGGAGGAGUACCGAGUUCUUGCCCCAAGAGCUCGUCUUCAACAUCAACUACCUCGGCGCCGAUCAAGCUUCCUUCACCCUCAACUUCAGCAAAGGGGCCAGUCAGGUCAUUGGCCAGUACUAUCAGCUCAUCAGACUUGGGAAACACGGAUACAGGGCCAUCAUGAGCAACCUGACGCGAACGGCCAAUUACUUGUCAGACUCUCUCGAGGCUCUCGGCUUCAUCAUCAUGUCCAAGAAGUCGGGCGAGGGUCUGCCACUAGUAGCCUUCCGUCUCCCGCCCCAAGAAGACCGCAACUAUGACGAGUUCGCCCUCGCUCACCAGUUGCGCGUUCGCGGCUGGGUUGUCCCCGCGUAUACCAUGGCGCCCAACACAGAGAACCUCAAGAUGCUCCGCGUAGUCGUUCGCGAGGAUUUUACGCGCAGUCGAUGCGACAGCCUCAUCACUGAUAUCAAGCAGAGUCAACAGCUUCUCGGACAGAUGGACCAGGACAGCAUCAAGAAGCAGCAGGACUUCAUCCACAAACACAACACCUCGAGCGGGAAAGCCUCACACAACCACCCCAAGUAUCGGAAGGAAAAACAUUCUCUUCAGGGGAAGACAGGCAAAACUCACGCUAUCUGCUAAGGAGAGGCCCGAGCGGGCUGUCACACUCUUGAGAAUGCAGGGGGCUUGGUGGGGAGGGGAAAGAAAACUUCUCUCAGUGCCGAGCUGCCCAGUGGACAGCAGUUGUUGACGCUGAGGAUUGCAUGUCCGUCAUGAUGUUGUGUAUGCGUAUAUAUUCGAGAGACAGAAAAUGAGAACCUUGAUGACCCAAUCAUUGUCUCAAUU